AUCAUAAGCGUUAGUUACUUAUAAAUCCAUUACCAGAACAAAUAUGGUUCAAGGAGGUCACUCACAUAGAGCUACAGUCAAAAAGGACCACAAGCCCUUCAAGGCCAAGCAUGCUACCAAGGGUCAUUUGAAGAAUAUCACCAAGGGUAAAGUGGAAAAGUCUAGUGGGUCUGGUAAGCAGAUCAAGCUGAUGUCUAAAAUUGAAAGAAAGAAUCAAAUCAAGCAGUUAAAGGAGAAUAAAAUCUUAGAAACCAAAUUGACUCGUAAGGUGUUUGAAGGUUUCCAAGGAGCUGAAAAGGUGGUAACAAUAAUUCCCUUGACUAACGAUAUAUCUGCUGCUCAAAUUGCAUCGAGUCUCGUGAAUAUAGUUAAAGACCCAAAUGAAAUUGAAUACGAAUUUAAACUCCCUUCUGUCACAAACAUCAGAGUACAAAGAUUCAGAUCUAAUUUGAAGAUCAUAGUGCCAGAUUCCAAUGAUUUGUUAUCUAUUUUGGAUGCGGCUAAAGUGUCUGACUUUGUUCUUUUCGGAAUCUCUGCCACACAAGAAGUUGAAACUACUUACGGAGAACAGAUCCUAAGAGCUGUAACUGCCCAAGGUAUUGCUUCUGUAUUUGGAGUUGUUCCAAACUUGGUGAGUGCUUUCCCCAAGAAGAACUUACAAAAUGAUAUCAGACAAUCUUUAUCGUCAUAUUUCAAGCAUUUCUUUCCAACCGAAGAGAAGCUUUAUGCCUUGGAAUCCGAAUCAGACUGUUUGACUUGUAUUCGUACCAUUUGUCAGAAAUUUCCUAAGUCAGUGAAAUGGAGAGAUGCUAGAGGGUAUAUGGUGACCGAUAACGUUUAUGCGGAAGACGGCAACUUGGUGGUGCUUGAAGGAACCGUUCGUGGUGUUGGUUUUAACUGCAACAACUUAAUUCAUAUACCUGGAAAGGGAGAUUUCCAAAUUGACCAUAUUGAAAAGGUUUCUAGAGAAAUGGGAGAUUACAUAUUACCUGACGAAAACCAGGAAUCUUUGGAGGAGUUGAAUCCAGAAGAAGUGCAAAUGGAAGAUGACUGGGACGGGUUUGAAGACGAAGGAAAUAACUUGGACUAUGGAGUUCGUAUGGAUGGAAAGGAGUAUUUCGACGACGGGUCCAGAGACUUACAAAGAAGAAAAUUCAAGGUUCCUCAGGGUACUUCUGAAUAUCAAAGCAAGUGGUUGUUGGAUGAUGUGUUGGAAGGUGUCUCGGAUGUAGAAAGUGUUGAUGAAGAUGAGUUCCCAGGAUUUGAAGAUAAUCAUUUGGAGGAUGAUGAUGAGAUGGAAGCUGAUGAAGACGAUAUGAAUGGGACUACUGAAAAUGGAGAGUCGGAGAUGUUUGUAGACUUAUCACCAGAGGAAGAACAGAGACAAUUAGCAGAAUUCAGAGCCAAUGCCAAAGAAGAUCAAGAGUUUCCAGAUGAGAUCGAAUUGCAUCCAAAUGAAUCCGCUAAAGACGUAUUGAAUAAGUACAGAGGUCUUAAGUCUUUGGCUAACUGUGAUUGGGACUACGACGAAUAUGACGACGAAGCUCCAAAGGAAUGGUCCAGACUUUUGAGAAUCUCCAACUAUAAAUCCACCAAAAACAAGGUUCACAAAGAAGCCAUCAAAAAUGCCCAGGUUACUAUCGGUAACAAGGUAAAGAUUUAUAUCAAGGCCCCAGCUGAUAUCAUUCAAGAUUGUACCACCAAACCAUACAUUGUAUAUGGCUUGUUAGAACACGAACACAAAUUAGCAGUGGUGAACUUCUUCUAUGAAAACUGGGAAGAUUUCGAGGAGUCAAUUCCGUCAAAGGAAACCAUCAUUGCCCAAUACGGACCUAGAAGACAAGUUAUCAAGCCAAUUUUCAACCAGGCCAGUAAUAGUCCAAAUAACGUCCACAAACUCGAACGGUUCCAUCACCCAGGAAAUGCUUCCAUUGCCACCUGUAUUGCUCCAGUUCUUUUCUAUAACGCUCCAACCAUUUUCUUCAGACAGGCAGAAGAUGGAUCCUUACAGAUAAUCGGCCAGGGAACCUUUUUGAAUUGUGACCACACAAGAGUGGUGGCAGAAAGAGCCAUCUUAACUGGUCACCCAUUGAAGAUACAUAAGAAUGUUGUUACUGUGCGGUAUAUGUUCUUCAACCCUGAAGAUAUUAACUGGUUUAAAGCCGUGCCUAUUUAUACCACUCUGGGAAGAACCGGGUUUAUCAGAGAGAGUUUAGGUACUCAUGGAUACCUCAAGGCCAGUUUUGAGGGCAAAUUGUCUGCUCAAGAUGUAGUGGCAAUGAACUUAUACAAGAGAACGUGGCCAGAGUUUUCCACUCAAUUUAAUCAGUAACUAUUUUUGCAUAUAUGUAGUGUACCAUAGAAUCAAACACAAAAAUUGAGUGA